GACACCUUCAUGCAACUAGUACUAGUAUAAAUACAGUAUGAGGAACUAGCAGUAAACCAUUCAUGUGGUUUAAGUCUACUCACUCACAGGCAUGGCUGCUCAUCUCAUCAUGUUUCUCCUCUUCAGUGUACUUAAAGGAGUUCACAGCAUAACUACAGUCAGUCAAGUAUCAGUGAAAGCUGGACAAUCUAUCUCCAUCCCAUGUCUCUAUGACUCCCAGUAUGAAAAUUAUCUCAAAUAUCUGUGUAAAGGAUACUAUUAUCGAGAAUGCAAAUAUGCAGUAAAAACAAACCAGCCAGACCAGUCAGGAAAAUAUUCAAUCUCUGAUGACAAAAAACAAAGAAUCUUCACUGUGACUAUUAAAAAUUUAAACGCAGAUCAGGACAGUCAUUACUGGUGUGCUGUGGAGAUUCCUGGGAUAUGGGAAGAUGUGAGAGUCUAUUUUCAUCUGUCUGUCAUCAGCGGUUCACCCAGUUUCUAUGUGGAUCAUCAGGAUAUUACAGGGUUUAAUGGAGGAAAUAUCACCAUCAAGUUUUACACUACACAAACUGGGAAAAUAAAGUGGUGCAAGUUGGGCAGCAAGUGUGUAACACAGCCAACUGGAUCAAUAGAUGGAACAAGAGUGAGCAUUAAUGAAAGUGUUCACAGUGUUUUCACUGUCACCAUGAGUCGAGUGACCACAAAGAGCAGCGGCUGGUACUUAUGUUAUAAAGGAGACCUCCAGGUGCCAGUGCAUUUAACUGUGAAUGAAACUUUCACACCCAAUAAAACAAGUACUAAAGAUCAGGAUGAACAACCAAGUGGUUCCCUAACAGCUCUCAUUAUCUCUUUGACUUUGUUGAUCUUCUUUGUAACAGUGAGCUUGGUCAUUUGGUUUGUGCUCAAAAGAUCCAAAUGGACCAAAAGAGAAUCAUCAGGCACGGCACUGAGUGUCACUGCUAAAUGCGAUGAGGAUGUGACAUACAGCUCUGUGUUUACUGUAACUCAACAAACCACACAAAGGACUGAAAGAGGAGCAGAAGAUGUUACAUACAGCACUUUGGCUGACUACCAAGCUCAGAGCACCUAAUUAUUGGAUGGUUUAAAAUGAGUUAUAAUAAUUUGUCAGUUUGUGCUUUGUUUGCUAACUACAGCCCAGUUGACGUGUUUCAGGCAUCAGAUUUUUUUUUUUUUUUACCAUAUUUCUUAGUUCAGGUCACAUUCCCUGAUCAGAGACUAAUAACUAGGUAACUACAGAACAAACGUCCGUGCAAACAUGCAGGAAACCAGUUAUUUAUUCUACUCGGGAUGAUCUGUGCUUCCCUCACACUGAGGCAUGCAGCAACGCUUGUAUGAAAAUAAUAAUAAUAAUAAUGAUAAGUUUGCCCAGAGGCAAGUCAAAUAUCUGGGUUAUUAUCUCAAAAUUUCAAGUCACUGGCUCAAACUUCUGAGCAAGCCAAAUUUUUGAGAUAGCCUGGAAAUUUAACUUAUGGAUAACAUUUUGUUACUGGUGGAAACAAGCUUCUAUAGGGAAAGGGCACAAAAACCUGAGAUUUUAAAAGCUCAGUAGUAACUCAGUGGUUAGUAGCCAUACUCAGGAAUUUUUUUUUUUUUUUUUUUUUUAAAUCAAUGUAUCUCUUUUGUGACUGACACAGCACUUACCAACCAUUUACUAGUGCUAUUGUAAUCAUAGAUAGGCUGAAUUAGUGAUAUAUUUUUAUAUAUUAUAUACAAGUGCUUUUCAAAAGCUUAUUUUAUUUUUUGUACAGUAUAGGUAAACUGAUACUUUUAAGUGAAACUGUUACAAUCUAAAAGUAAAAUAUAUUUUAUUUCCCAUAAUUUGAAACAUAUCAAUAAAACCAGAUGUUUUAGAUUUAGUCCAUACUAUUAGAAGGAUAAAAUUGCAUGUUAAUCAAUGUAUGUCAUCAGCGUUCAUUAACUUCUAUGUUCAUUUUAUCUUUAUCUUCAUUAUAUUACAAAAUGUGCCAAUUUUUAAGUAAAACAACCUUCACACCACAUAGUGAUUCUGCCUUUUGUUUGAUUUCCACCCACCCUUCUUCUACUGCCCCUAUGGGUUUUUUCCAGUAAAAAGACCAGAACAGCUCUCCUGGGACACAUCCAGGAAGCAUCAUUUCACACAGAGGAGCUGAGCCCUUUAUAAAUUGCACAACUCCUCACCCCAUUUCAAAGUGUGAGCCCCACUACAUGCAACAAGACAACAGAAAACUACAGGACUUGGAAACUAUUUACAGCUUUGGAAGGUGGAACAAAGAGGAUAAACACAACAUUAGGCAACUGGUUUAUUUUGGUGGCUAAACAGUCGAUACUAUUCACAAAAAUCUGCAUACGCCCUUUCAAUGUGGCAGAACAGAAAAAUGACACUAUUAUGGUGGGCAGACAUGAACUGCAUCACCCAUCAGUAUCCAAUUCAGUUCCUGAGUUAUGGAGUUGAAAAGUAGCAAGAAAAAGGGCAUGAUGUCAGAAAAUCAUCCUGUGUGAAGACAGUCACUGAAAACGUGAUAUACAGUAAUGUUUCUGAACGUCAGCAAGCAUUAAAACUAACACAUUUUAACUAAUGCUUCAAAGCAUAAGCUCCAUUCCUUCAAAAUUCUCACUAUGAAAAUCUGUUUUUUUACUUCAGACAUCUACAGGAUAAAAUAAUACGGGGGGGAUACCUGAAACCAAGUUACACAAUGUUUAUCCCGUCUCAGCACAGGACACAAUUCAAUCAUAAAUCAGUGUACACUGCAAAGUGUUUACAAAAAAAAAAAAAAAAAA